CCUCGCUCCCCAGCAGCGAGGCCGCCGCAUUGCCCCGACCACAGGCCUGGGAGCUCCGCUCUUCGACCCUGGGUCGGGUUGGGCUGGUUCCUAAACUCGCUCGUCCAGCCCGACCGCUCAGGCGGCUUCUCCCAGCCCUCGGGGCAAGACAGCGGCCUGGAGAGGCGUCCAGCGCCUUAGUUCCCUCCGCGCCUGCCCCUGCCCUGGAAGGGAGCCAGACCCUGCGGACCUGGGGUGUCUCCAGGGCCUAGGGCAGGCAGCUCCGGGGGCCUGGCCAGUCCAGCGGCCCCCGGGAGGCCGCGGGGACAGUACAGAGCGCGCGCCUUUGGAUAAGGUCCGCAGCGACGCCCCAGCCCGCCCUGCUGCUCCUCCUCCUGCUCGGCCAAGCUGCCUCCCAUUUGGGGAGUAUUGUGGGUUUUCUUUCUCCUCCUCCAACCUCUGCGGAGGCCACGACUCAGGCACCAAAGCUGGGGGCCGCCCCCAUGGUGCGGGGUAGCCGCUGCUGAAGUCAGCGGAACAGCUUGGCCUGGAGCGGGCCGCGCGGGGAGGCAAGGCCAUGGCCAUAGCCACGUCGGCCCAGCUAGCCCGGGCACUCUACGACAACACCGCUGAGUCCCCCCAGGAGCUGUCCUUCCGCCGAGGGGACGUUCUACGGGUACUGCAGAGGGAGGGUGCUGGUGGGCUGGAUGGCUGGUGCCUCUGCUCCCUGCAUGGCCAGCAGGGCAUUGUGCCCGCCAACAGAGUGAAGCUCCUUCCUGAUGGCCCGGCACCCAAGCCCAGCCUCUCCCAGGUGCCCCCAGCCGAGCCUGGCUCACCAAAUCCAGCCCCAGAGCACAGCAAUGACGACCAGGAGGUGUAUGUGGUGCCACCCCCAGCUCGGCCCUGCCUGCCCUCCCCCGACCCCAUCUACAAGGUCCCCAGAGGCAGUGGGACUCAACUGGCUGCCCCUGGAGAUGCCUUGGAGGUCUACGACGUGCCUUCCUCUGCCCUCCGAGUUCCCUCCAGUGACCCCUAUGACUCUCCUGCUUCCUUUUCCCGCCCUCUGGCCCGAGUCACCCCACAACCCCCUGGAGAAGAUGAAGCUCCCUAUGACGUGCCUCUGACCCUGAAGCUAUCAGAGCUGGAGCCAGAUCCGGAGUGGGAGGAGGGCCGAGAACCAGGGCCCCCCCUCUAUGCUGCCCCCUCCAACCUGAAACGGGCAUCAGCCCUGCUCAAUCUGUAUGAGGCCCCUGAGGAGCUGCUAGCAGAUGGGGAAGGCAGCGCUGACGAGGGCAUCUAUGACGUGCCCCUGCUGGGGCCAGAGACACCUUCUCCAGAGCCCCCGGGAGCCUUGGCCUCCAACGACCCGGACACCCGGGCCCUGCUUCUAGCCAGAAGCCCUCCACCCUCACACAGGCCCCGGCUGCCCUCUGCUGAGAGCCUGUCCCGCCGCCCUCUGCCUGCCCUGCCUGUCCCUGAGGCCCCCAGUCCUUCCCCGGCUCCCUCUCCUGCUCCAGGCCGAAAGGGCAGCAUUCAGGACAGGCCUCUGCCCCCGCCUCCACCCCGCCUGCCUGGCUUUGGGGGCCCUAAGGUCGAGGGGGAUUCAGAGGGCCGGGAGGUGGAGGAUGAGUCUGCAGGACACCACAAUGAGUAUGAGGGCAUCCCGAUGGCCGAGGAGUAUGACUACGUCCACCUGAAGGGUAUGGAGAAAGCUCAAGAAUCCAGGCCCCUGGAUAAGGCCUGCCCCGGGGAUCCUGAACUGCCGGACACGGGGCCACCGGAACAGCAGGAGGUCCUGUCCCCAGGAGAGCCGCUGGUUCUGCCCGCUGGAGACCUACAGCUCCUGCACUUCUAUGCAGGGCAGUGCCAGAGCCACUACUCAACACUGCAGGCGGCCGUGGCGGCCCUGAUGUCCAGCACCAGGGCCAAGCAGCCCCCACGCCUCUUCGUGCCCCAUGGCAAGCGGUUGGUGGUGGCUGCUCACCGCCUGGUGUUUGUGGGGGAUACCCUGGGCCGGCUGGCAGCCUCCGCCCCUCUCCGAGCACAGGUCGGGGCUGCAGGUACAGCACUGGGCCAGGCACUGCAGGCUACUGUGCUCGCUGUCAAGGGGGCCGCCCUGGGCUACCCAUCUGAUUCUGCAGCCCAAGAGAUGGCACGGUCUGUGACACAGCUGGCAGGGCAGGCCCUGCAGUUCACCACCCUGCUCACCAGCCUGGCCCCCUGACGGCCCUGGGCCCUGCUCUGCCCCUCCCCUGCCUGCCAGAGCCUCCUCCAGUCCUUGGGCAGCUGGAGGGCUGUUUCAGGUACUAGGAGAGGUGGCAGUCUUUCCCCGUUCCUGCCCCUUCCAGUCAUCUCAGUCUCUCACAGAGGCAUCUCUUCCCUCCAUCCCGCAGCUUUUUGUAUGAGCCAUUUUGUAUAAAUUAUUUUUAUUUAAUAUCCCCUGCUUUGUCAGAAGCAGGUGCCAAGCCCUCUGGGGCAGGGAGGAACUGGACUCUUCCUCCUCUCUCAGCCUGGGGUGGAGGUACUUGGUCGCUGCUCUGCCACCCACCUCUGGAAGCUUGGCGCCACAGAGAACCAGGUGGCUGAAACCUGGGCCAUCUGAGCCCCUUUCUUGUCCUGCUUCUUGGCUAUAGAACAUCAGUGUCUCACUGUUAGUUGAGAAUGAGGGCAGUACAUUGAUUGCCCAGAAUGUGAAGGUCUGGGAGAAGCCAGAGGGCUCCUCCCAAAGGGAGGCUGGAGAGAC